GCACACAAUGCUGCACCCUGAAUUGGGGCACUCAAACUCAUCUGACUUUAGUUCACUGGUGUAAACAGGCACACAGUAGUCUUCUGAAUAGAAAUUUGACAUUUCUGGUUUGUUGUUCAAAAGUGUCAUAUUACUGUGUGUAGACAUGAAGCCAGCAGUGGCUCUACUGGGCCUCGUCCUCCUGCUGGACACCACCUUUGCUGCAGAAAAGUCCUGUGUGGGUCGCUGUGGCUCCUUCGACCCGCAGACAAAAUGCCAGUGUGACACCAUGUGUGUGUACUAUGGGAGCUGCUGUGGGGACUUUGACGUCAUCUGCCCUAAAAAAACUGCUCGUGGCGAUACCUUCGAGGAAGCAGAUGAAGUAACAGAAGCAUUGACGACUAUCACAGAAAAUCCAACGCUCCUGCCAACUUUCAACACAGUUGCAGCUACUGUAACUGCCCCUCCCACAUUUAUCAAGACACAAGGGUCUGCACCCUCUGUAGUCCCUGACGCAGCGGCCUGCAGUGGACGACCUUUUGAUGCUUUUCUGCAGCUGAAGAAUGGCUCGAUAUAUGCUUUUAGAGGUGAAUAUUUCUUUGAGUUGGAUGACAAAUCCGUACUUCCUGGCUUCCCAAAACUCAUCGAGGAUGUGUGGGGGAUCCCUGGACCCGUAGACGCCGCAUUCACACGCAUCAACUGCCAGGGAAAAUCGUACAUCUUUAAGGGGAAACAGUACUGGAGGUUUGACGGCGAUGUUCUGGAUGCGGACUAUCCGCGGGACAUUUCAGUUGGCUUUGAUGGCAUACCAAAUGACGUCGAUGCCUCUUUCACCAUACCAGCACCAAGUCACCGCGGCAAAGAGAAAGCCUACUUUUUCAAAGGGGACAAUUAUUACCAGUAUGCGUUCAAGCACCAGCCUUCCCAUGAGGAGUGCGUCCUGAUGAGCAGGACCUCACCCUCUGUGCUGUUCACACGAUACACAGACCUCUUCUGCGAUCAGACAUGGGAGGAUUUCUUCACCGAGCUCUUUGAAAGUUCCAUAAGCAGUUACCAAACAGGCCCUCGCCUAACCAGUAGGGACUGGCAGGGCGUCAGUCCUCCUGUAGAUGCUGCCAUGGUGGGACGAGUCUACCUCAGCCCCAAACCCACGCCAUCUUCUCCUCCACCAGCGAGGAGGCGCAGCAGUCGGAAGAGGAGGCCCAGCAGGAAGCGAGCCCAGCGAAGAAGGCAGAGUCGCCACGUGUUGCUUGAUGAUUUGUGGGGUUAUGAUGAUUGGUUUGCCUACAGCGACUACAGCGACAGCUUUGAGGAGAGCCCAACGCAGCAGUACAAAAGUACCCCCGUUCAAAAUGUGUACUUUUUCAAGAAAGAUAAAUACUACAGAGUGGAUCUGCAGACAAAACGUGUGGACUCUGCCAACCCUCCCUACCCACGAUCCAUUGCGAAAUACUGGCUGGGCUGCAAGCAGGAAGAGACACCUGAUGCAUCACGGGCAGAGAAGAGAUAGGCCAGCUGACUGGAGAAAUGUUCUCUGUUUUAAACACACCUCUUACUGAGAAGUCUUAACGUAAUUACAAUACGAUCUUGUAGUCGUUUCUGUUAUUUUUGUUGUUUGCAUUUUAUUCAUGAACCCCCCCCCCCCCCUAAAAUGUCCCCUCUAUAUUUAGUUGGAUUAGCUGAAAUCAUGCAUUAUUCAAUAAACUUGAAAUUUCA